CCUGAGGGCCAUAUUACGUUUUACAAUCCACAGUGGUUCUUCGCAUUCGCCAUCUUGUCGUCAUGUAUUACUAAAAACUAUGUGGCUCUGAAUAAUCCGACAGCUUGACGUUGUACAAAAUGCAAUCUCGUCAGUGAACCAGUGAUUCAACUUCGUGUCCUAAAAAUUGGUUGAAGAAUUGCAAAGAAGAACUGCAAAAAUGGAUCUUGAUAUUCCACAAUUCACCUCGAAAGAUGAUGAGAUUCAGUAUUGGAUGGAGUUGGCCCAGCAGAUGUACCAACGGAAGGAGGAUGUCGAGCACGAGUUGGAGGAGUUCCAAGAGAAUUCGCAGAUGCUGGAGAAAGAGCUGGAGACAUCGUUGGAACAAUCUGAGAAGAGUAACAGGGAGUUGCGCCAGAGGAAUGCGAGAUUAGCCACUGAGAUAGAGCAGUUGAGGGCACGACUGGACCAACAAACAGCGGAUUGUGCGGGUUUCCAAACGAGGGCGUCUGAACUCGAGGUUCAACACGAGCAGCUUGUCAAGUACAUACGGGAAUUGGAACAGAAAAAUGAUGAUUUGGAGAGAGCUCACAGAAUAAAUAUGGCAACAGAAGAGGCAAUAGAAGCCAAGUUCAAUUCAGCUAUUGAAAAGAAUGCACUUCUGGAGUCUGAGCUAGAUGAAAAAGAAAGUCUGAAGAUCAUUGUGCAACGAUUAAUGGACGAAAACAGAGAUCUCAAACAAGAGUUUAACGUGUUGAAACGACAUAUGGCUGACAAUGACAAAUCAGCGGACAAAGUGCGCACACUGGUAGACAGUAACAAGCUGCAUGUCGAGCGAGAGACGAUCCUGCCACUCACUGAGCAGAAUCUAUCGAGCACGGGUCAUACGCAGUCACCCUUGAAAAUUGACAACGGUGUUAUCAACAACAACAUGAACAUGCCAAUGGCCCCAUCGACGAGGAUAUUAGCGAUGAACAUGAUUGGCGAUCUUAUGCGAAAAGUUGGGGCUCUGGAGAAUAAGCUCAACACUUGCAGGAAUGCGUCUCGUGAGGAUCAGGCUAUGAGGGAUUUAUACAGGACUAGACGGCAAGUGCGCGGCCUGGCCUCAGGAAACAACAACCACAUUCGAUUAUGAAGUGAUAACAUUGAUAACCAGUGUGUACCGAUACCGUGAUGAAAUUAAGUGAUUUAUUGAGAAAAAAUUUUAUGAGAAGAAAAUCAACAUGCCAUUCUUAUCAUUUUAUGUCAUUACGGAGCUAUUCACUUGGCAUAUUACAUUUUAUGCAAUAAAAAAUCUAUUCUUUCAAAACGUGCAAUUUCAAUCAAUUUUACACGUAUGAAAAAAUUUCAGAGAUUUACCUAGUGCUUUCUCUAAGAAAUUCUAUUGGAGUUUUGUGCCAAUUGUAAUAAAUAUUAUGUAACUCUACUGUCAUUUUUCGAAGAGUAUUUGCUAGAAAAAAGUCAAUAGAUUUUGACUUUUCUAUAGAAAUUCUUGAGCACAGAUUUUCUAAGUUUUUUCAGCUGUUUUUUUUAUUUGUUUCUCAUAAUAAAAUUCAAGAGGAAAAACUCGGAAAAUUCAUAGACAGAAUUUAGAUAGAAUUUCUCGGAGGAAACACCAGGUUUUUCAAUUAAUUUUUAUCGUACGUGUCUUUCUUUCAUGUCAUGAAUAAUUGGCAGACUAGACUGAAAAGUAUUUCAAUGAAAGAAAAAUCGAAUAUUUCGUUAUUACGAAGUUUGAGUAAAACCAGCGAAUUGUAAAUAUAGAUGUAUUCAAUAGCAUAAAUAAUAUAUUACAGAAUCUCAGCUGGUGAAAAUGACCAGUUCUCUUUUAGCUACCAAUUACCAGUGCCGAUAGGAAAUUUUUUCAUGGAAGGAGGAAGAGAGAGUGGAAUCCUCUCGCAGUAGACCUAGAAAUAUUGAGAAGAAUGGAAAAGAAAAUGUGUAAACGAAAUGAAAUCCUCUGGUCUAAAAUUAGUUUCGCCGGUCAGAAAAUGUUAACCAUAUUUAUAUUUGUGGAAUGUACACAAUGCU